ACUAAACCUUAGCUUUUAUUUACUUAUUUUUAACCGAAUAAAUAUAUUUAUUCUCUUUAAAUUCAGGUUGUUUGCGGAUUCUAUAUUUUUGUAUUUGAACUUAAUAGUGAAAUAAUUUUUUGGAGGACAAGGAAGGCGGAUUUUCAAAACAUUCGAUUCAUUUUAGUAGCACCAACAACAUGAUAGAGCAGCGGGUGGCAACGUUGACAGGUAGAACUAACAAGUCGUGUGUGUAACCAAUUUUUUAUUUUAAAAACCAGCCUUUUAUUUUGAAAAACAAUUCAGGAAGUAGCCCUAGUUUUGUUUCCGGAAUUAAUUUCUGUGUGUGUAGUAUACCGUCUACAUUGUGAACUUUGAAUUCUCAAAACAUUGACUGAAUACUGCAAAUUACUAUAACAUCAUUGUUGAAUAUUUACAUAGUUCCAAGGACAUGUGCGAUAGCGUCGCCUUUCAUGCUCAGCUAGCUUCGAUAAUUGAGGUUUUGGCGAAUGCAGCGGUUGCCGAAAUCUGUAAACUUGUAGAUGAUGGCCAUGCUGCCUUACGUAUGGAAAUUUCCCAUAGCCAGAAAGAAAUUGAUAACCUGCGGAGGAAGCUGCUUUUGACAAAAUACCAGAGUUCUCAACGGGGCACAGAGAAAUUCGGAGCCCUGCGACGCACAGUUCACAGGCGCGACACCGAUCUUGUUGCCCGAGCAAGGGCAAGCUUCGUUGGAAAGUCAUCAGGCAGACAUGGAUAUUUGGAGAAUCGUUCCAACAGUGAAGGGGACAACUUCACAAAGGAUGUCACGAACUGGAAUGACGCAAGACGCACAGCGACAGACCCGGAUGGGAGCAUGCGGAUGGCAGAUAUGCAAGAGUCACCUCUUAUCAAAAUGGAGAACCUUGGCUCAAGCAGAACAGAAGAGAUUGUCCAACCAGUCAGUGAGAGCAGUGAGAAGAUCAUUGUGGCAGAACCAGGUUCUUCAUCAUCUACUGAACCCACAGACCUGGACCAGCAGGGCAACAGACACAGAGCUUCAGACACCUCACUCAAUAUAGAACCUGAAAACCAGACGUUCCAGCAUCCAGCGUCACAAUACAACAGAACAAGACAGGACCAUCAGGUUGCUGAGGGUGUGACCUGGGAAACUGACCAUCAACCCAUAGAAUACAGCCUGUCCCAUUGGACAGAGAACCAAGAGACUGAUAACCCAACUGUGAAUGCUCCUCACAAUGCAGGGCCAGACUCCAAGAGGCUGUCUGAACAUCCAGAGAGGAGAGGAGUGACUGGUAACUCAGGGGUCAGCAUGUCUGCUUCAGGCUCUCUGGACUGGCUGCCUGAUGUGGUGAUGGUGGACUCAGUUCCCAUUAAAGUGGAGGCAGAUAUGAGUUCAGAAUGGAGCAUAACUGGCCAAGAGGUGACAUCUGGAGAGGUCUGUUCAGACGGUAGGCAACUUGUGGACAACAGAGGAAGAGGGGGAAUGGAAUCUGGACAGACAAAGUGUCCCCCUAACACUCAACAUGCGGAGCAAGGGACAACUGUAGGACCAAGGUCCAAGUUUCCAGAUUUCAACAGACUGUCCACCCAAAACAGCUUUUCAUCCCCAAGUGUUACUCUCCUCCAGGUUCCCCAAAGAGGGAAGCCAGCCCCCUUCCUGAAUUUCAACAGAGGCUACAAUUUUUCAUCGAAAAGCAAAGAAAAGCAGGCGCAACAGCUAACAUCUCACUCGCCCAAGAGGCAACUCCGGUGCAGCCUCUGUGGAAAGCCUUUCCCUCAGCCGGCGCAACUGCGGAGUCAUAUGCGGGUCCAUACGGGGGAGAAACCGUACGGCUGCAGCCACUGCACCAAGCGCUUCUCCCACAGGCACCAGUUGAAGAUGCAUGAGAGAGUCCACACCGGAGAGAAACCAUUUCACUGUGUCUACUGCGGGAAGUGCUUCACCCAGUCUAGUCACAUGAAGAGGCACCUCCUCGUCCACACUGGUGGCAGGCCACAGGACACUGUGCUGCCCUGAGUGUUCCAGGGUGAAAUUUUCCCUUGGUACAGAUCUAGGAUCAGCUUCCUCUUCUCCAAUCCUAACCUUAACCAUUAGUAGGAAAACAUCUAAAACUGACCCAAGAUCAGUGUGUAGGGGCAACUUCACACUACUCCGCCUGGUGUAAUUAUAGGCAAGGCCAGGAGUUUUUCCUCACCACGUGACCAGAGCAGGGAAAAACUCCUGGCCCUAGUUGUAAGGGGAAUGGCUCAACACGACUGUGUUUUAAUAUGCAUACUGGGUCUUUGUUUUUAACAGUUUGGAUAGUUACCACAUUGAACACUACCAUCGGUGUGUAGUGGUAGUGUUUUCAGGUCAGCUGUCUUGAUGCUUGGUCCGGAGUGGAUUGAUAAUGUAUAAGUUAUUACAGGUGAAGAUUUUAAACAUCCUUAUGAAUUUGUAUUGGUGCCGUGGUGAACCAAAGAACAGCAAUUAACAAUUCAGGAAGCUCUGGACAGGUGUCUGGAUGAGCUUGGCCUGUUGGUGGUCGAGAACGCAUUGCUCGGCUCAUCUCGUACCUGGACAUAGGGAGGAGGAGGGUGCAGGGAAGAGUGUGACGAUGACUGUCACUUUCUGGACAUCGACAUGGCAGAAGAGAAGAGCCACAGGUUCCUUUGGGUGCCAGCACACUCCUGGCCCUUGAAACAGAUCUGGCGACCCAGCACGUGCAAGGCGAGAGUGCUGACCUGGAAUGAAUCCCCAGAGGUACCAUGGUCUGGGGAAACCUCAUCUCCUGGAGCUUCCUCUGGAGUCGCUGGUGUGGAUCUUCUGGGAUAUGCUGCGUGUGGACGGGAAGAGAGGCUGCUGGAACCUGUCUCUGGUAGCGGAACCUUCCGUACCAUCCUGAGAAAGCUGUCAUCAAGGCAAAGAGUGGCUGCUUUGAAGAACAUAAAGGAUAUUUUAUAUGAACUCUUUUUUUAAUGACUACAUGAUUCCAUAUGUUAAUUAAUAGUUUUGAUGUCUUCACUAUUAUUCUAUAAUGUAAAAAAUAGUAAAAAAAUAAAGAACCCCUUGAAUGAG